AUGGUAGAUCCUCCUCAGAUUCUUGGCUUACAAACAGGUUCCUCAAUUUCUGAGCAAAAGAAUAAUUGUCUCGGCGUUAAAGAUUUUUGUAAACUUGAUUUAUCAGCAAUCAAAAAAUGGUGUAGCUUUAAGAAAUCACCUUCAACAUCAUCCCAUUCUCCUGGCAGGAAAGCUGAACUAGAAGCAAAAUCUCAAGCAGCCACCCAGAAAACUGCUGAGUGCCUUGGUGAGGAAAAAGAAGAGGAGGAAACAAUGAAUGCAGUGCACAGCUUCAGAUAUAAUGCUGAUAGUGUGAGAAGCGAAAAUCCUGCAAGUCCUGGAGAUUGUUACAAGCACAAAAGCAUGGAUAGCUGUUUUCCAAAUGUAUGUUCAUCUUUAUCAAGAAACGGGAGCCGAAGGAGUCCCUCUCCAACACCAUCAUUUCUGCGCAGAAGCAAAAGCAAGGGAAGCACCGAACCUAAUCAUCGCAACAGUUUACCUAUUUCAAGAGAUGCAAGCAAGAGGAGCUCUACACAUAUAAUGUUUUCGAAUUCAACAGGAAUGGUGAAACCUCCAGCAGUUCAUAAAAAUCUCGAGUGCACGUUGGAGGAGCUUUGUUAUGGAUGCAUGAAGAAGAUCAAGGUUACAAGAGAUGUUCUUACAAAUACAGGGCAAAUUGUUCAAGAAGAGGAAAUACUGAUAAUAGAUGUGAAGCCAGGAUGGAAAAAGGGAACAAAGAUCACAUUUGAAGGAAUGGGAAAUGAGAGACCUGGAACUUGCCCAGCAGACAUAAUUUUUGUAAUUGCUGAGAAAAGGCAUCAUCUAUUUCAGAGAGAAGGAGAUAACUUGGAGAUAGUAAUAGAAAUCUCCCUGUUAAAGGCUCUUACAGGCUGCGAAAUUUCGAUCCCGUUGCUUGGUGGAGAGAACAUGAGUUUGAUGAUUGAUGAUAUAAUUUACCCUGGAUAUGAGAAGAUCAUCAGAGGACAAGGUAUGUCAAUCGCAAAAGAGCAUGGAAAGAGAGGAAAUUUAAAAAUUGUCUUCCUAGUUGAAUUCCCAACAGAACUAACAGACGAACAACGAUCCGAUAUUCUAAGCAUUUUAGAGGACUCUUGUUGAAUUUUUUCAGUGAUUCUGUAGGGCAAAGAUUCAGCAGAAUAUUUAUGGCAUCAUCAGAUAUAUUUUUCAUAUUUC